AACAGGAUGAUCAAAUUUUUUUGAGCUGAAUGUGUUAUAUUGUAUUCUAGAGCCUAGCAUUUGCUGCAGCAUAAAAUAUAAUUAAAAUUUCUAAUCUGUCAAAUUUGAUUAAACUGUGUUCAAAUCCUAGCCCAGGCACUGCUGGUUAGAUUUUGCAUAUUCUUUUGUUUGUCAUGCUUUUUCUACUAAUAUUCCUGUAUUCUCCCACAUCUCUAAAUGUGCCUUUCAGGUAAGUUUGUGUCUUCCAAUUUACAGGUAUUCUGUGCAAGUGAAUGAACUCUUCUGCCUUCCAUGGUUGGUUCCAGCCUUGUGUGUGAUGAUGCUGGAGUAGGUUUCUACUACAUGAUACCUUGCAGUAGAAUAAGCAGAGAAGUGUCUAUGGAUUGCCCCUGCUACCUAACAGUGCAGUAAAUCCAACAUCAGGUAUUUACUUGAACAGAACAGACUGGGCAUAUGUAGAAAUGGUCUUGUGAACAAUGGAAAGUCUAGCUGUAACGCUCAGUGAUGGUUCCACUUCUUUUAUUCAGCAGGCUAUCAAAGAUGGAAAGCUGAUUGAUGGGGACACCAUACAACUAGAAGAUGGAACCACUGCAUACAUCCAGCAGGUUACAGUCCAACAGAAAGAGACCAUGACCUUUGAAGAUGGCCAACCAGUUCAGCUGGAAGAUGGGACCACAGCAUAUAUUCAUCAUACACCAAAAGACGGCUAUGAUCCAAAUGCUGUGGAAGCUGUCCAGCUGGAGGAUGGAAGCACAGCAUAUAUUCACCAUCCCAUGACUAUGCAGGCAGGUGGCGCCAACUUAGUAGUCCACACAGAUGGAGGACUUGAAGAACUGACCUCAGAAGAGACCACUGUGGACACAGACACAAUCAGUACUCUGGAGCAGUAUGCUAGCAAGAUAUCUGAGUCUGCAGUUAGUCAAAACUUAACCGGCACAAAUGGACUUCAGCAGAUGGACUCCCCUGAGGAACACCCUGCUGUGCAGGUCUUGUUUGAGGGGGAGCCACAGAGCUCUGGGAAGUUGCAGCAAGGCGGUGACAAGUCCUUUCGCUGUGAUUAUGAGGGCUGUGGCCGUCUUUAUACCACAGCUCAUCACCUAAAGGUUCAUGAAAGAGCACAUACAGGUGACAGACCAUACAGGUGUGAUGUGCCAGACUGUGGAAAAGCCUUUGCUACAGGCUAUGGCUUGAAAAGCCACAUCAGGACUCACACAGGAGAAAAACCCUACAAGUGUCCAGAAGACAUGUGUACGAAGGCAUUCAAGACAUCAGGGGACCUCCAAAAGCAUAUCCGAACUCACACAGGUGAACGACCCUUCAAGUGUCCAUUUGAGGGCUGUGGCCGCUCUUUCACCACUUCAAACAUACGCAAAGUUCAUAUUCGCACUCACACUGGGGAGCGGCCAUACUUGUGUGAAGAACCAGGAUGUGGACGGGGGUUUGCUAGCGCAACCAAUUUUAAGAAUCACAUGAGAAUACACACAGGAGAAAAGCCCUAUGUUUGCACUGUGCCUGGUUGUGGCAAACGCUUCACAGAAUACUCCAGCUUGUACAAGCACCAUGUGGUACACACACACUGCAAGCCAUACACUUGCAACCACUGUGGCAAGACGUAUCGGCAAACUUCCACGCUUGCCAUGCACAAACGCACUGCCCAUGGGGACUUUGAUGCAACAGAGGAGAGUGAACAGGCUCUUUAUGAUAAGCAGAAUUCAGAUGACCCAGAGGCUGAUUUGGAGCCCCAUAUGAAACGCCAAAGAAUCGCUUUCCUUUCGGGCCCAGAUGAGGAUGGCGAAAUUUCCCCUCAGGUUGCUAUGGUGACACAAGAUGUCAUAGGCUCUCAAAUUGCACUUAUUACUCAAGAUGUCACACAACAGGUGAACCUUUCAAAUGAAGACUUACAAGUCCUUGGCACAGCCAUCACCAUGGUGACACAAGAUGGAACAGCGAUCACCGUUCCUGCUCAUGAAAGUGACAUUGCUGGUUCACAGACGCACACUGUCACAAUGGUCACAGCGGAUGAUUCCGAUUCACAGCCAGUAUGUGUUUUGGAACUUACAUGUACAACAUCUGGUUGCUAUUGUAACGACAGACGGAAUGAUUGCUGGAGAUGCCAGUAUAGCUGCUCCCCACUACCAGCAGGUGGCUCUGUUGGCUACAGCAAAUGGCACUCAGAUUGCUGUGCAGCUUGAAGAACAGCAAACCCUGGAAGAUGCCAUCAGUAUGGCCACAGCUGCCAUCCAGCAAGGCAACAUGGUGCAGGAUGAGGUGGUGGUUGACAGAAGCUGCUGAGAGACUUUCAUUGUGCUUUUUACUGGGCAAGUGAACCACUCAGAUCCUGGAGACAUCAAGAUAAAGAGCUUUACGUUUUGGUAGAACACACAAGAUGCAUUCUACUGAGCUAUAUAUUAUGCAAGAAGAGUUUUAAAAAUUUUUAAUUGCAUAUGAAUGGACAAAAAUGUGAAUUAUUACCCAAAUAAGGGUAUACAUUAAGCUGAUUUUAAUAGACUGUUAGGACAAUUUGGGUGCAGCUAUUCAGGUUGAUGAAAACGAAUGGACAAAGUGAUAUGAAUGAAGAUGGUAUGGACUUUGCUUUAUUUUUAUUUGUGUAUUUGAAAAAUAUCAGUUACAGAACUCAGUUUUUUUUAAUAAAUGAAAAAUUAAAAUGUUUUGUUAAAUGGA